AUGCCCCGACCUUCAGACGUCGCUGAACCUCUAUACCAAGUCAAACUUUUGUCUGCUUUGCGCAGCGGGGAUCCCGCUCUUAUUCACCCGUUUUUGACUGAGAUUGGAAAAGAACGGCGGUCAUCAGUGGAUGGCGAUCUAAACACUGGCGCUGCAGCACUUCACCUCGCUGUUCGUUGCGCAUCUGCCGAAACAGUGCAAUUACUUCUCGAACACCGAGCCAUAUCUCCAAAUGGCAUACAUCCUCCAGGUUCUGGAAUUAGCCCUCUCCACCUCGCGGCAUCUUUGGGUCGAGCCGAUAUCAUAAACCUUCUUCUAGAGCAACCUGGCAUAAACGACACCUUGCGAGAUAGCGAUGGCAAAACCUGUAGAGAAGUUGCAAAAGGAAAAGAUGUUAUUCGUGUUUUGGAUGAUUCAAGGUCAUUUCUCAAUGCAUCAUAUCGCUCUCUUCUACGCACAUACGUCCUUUCACCACCUUCUACUCCCCCAAAUUCUGCUCUUGUUUCCUUAUUGGAGUCUCCUCGAGUUCGAUUCGUGAAUCUCUCUUAUCUGGACGAUGCUUCUGGCAAAUCAUUAUUACACGAGGCUGCAAAAAGGAAAGACCUUAGGCUCAUUGAGCUAGCAGUACGUGCUGGAGCAGAUGUAUUUGUACGUGAUCGUAGAGGAAAGAUGGCUUACGAUGGCGUCGGUAAGGAUGAUCGUGUCAGGGUGUUCUUACGGCAAUUUGCAAAUCAUGAUACUACGCUCAUUGAUGCCCCUAUAUCUGGGCCUCCCGCGUUGAAAGGUUAUCUCAAUAAAUAUACCAAUGUUGCUCGUGGUUACAACACUCGAUGGUUUGUACUCGAAGAUGGGGUAUUAUCAUAUUACCGUCACCAAGAGGACGAAAAUAUUACUUGCCGAGGAACAAUUUUCAUGAAAACAGCGAUUCUCAAAGUUUCGCCUGGUGGAGAAAAAUUGCGUUUUGAGGUGCACUCGAUGCCUUCGCGAGGUCACCAUUCAGGAGUUCAAAAAUGGUACAUGAAAGCUAAUCAUCCUGUGGAGGCAUCCCGAUGGACACAGGCUUUGGGCAAGAGCAUGGAAUGGUACAAACGAGAGACAGAGAACGACCCGCAACGCAAGAGUGUUGAAAGUGACAAAAGUGGGCUGAAGCCUAUCCCAUUUAGGACGAGUUUCCAAUCCACUGUAUCAAGGAGGACAGGUUUCGGGGGAAUGAAGUCAACAGCUAGCUCACUUGCAGAUCAUACGGAUACAGCAGAAGAAGGUAGCCCUCCCGCUCCUGAAAAUGAUAAAGAUGAGAAAUACCGCAGGACGUCUGAAGAAGAAGCGAAUAACGAUUCCUCUUCUGCUUCUGAAUCGACGGGGGCAGUACCACCGCAUAACACUACAUUUGAGCUACACGGGAACUCAACUGCCGCUCAGAUGGAGUUAACUUCUCAAUUACUGGCAAAUCUUUCUUUACCGCCCAACAGCUCACCUCGCACUCAAGAAUUGAAAGCUGCUCUCAAAGAAUCCUUCGUCAUGGUGCAGAGUAUGCUCAACGAGUACGUGCAGAUGUCACAAGAUCGUGAGGAGUGGUGGCGAAAUCACCUCCAACGAGAGCGAGAGAGGCAGUCAGUAUGGGAAGAAAGCCUACAGACUGUUGUACGAGAGGGCGAGGCGCUGGAGAGAGAACUCCGAACGAGAUCUCGUAAAAGAGGAAGCCGGUUCUUUGAUGCUAGUAUGAGUGAGGGAAUGGGCACUUUGAAGCAGAGACCUUCUUCGAUGGCUUUCUCUUCAUCUCCUGUGCCAGAGGACAGAGAGGCAAGUUACUUUUUACCAGUCGCGGGAGAGCCGGCAGCUUUGUCUCUCCCAGCUUCUUCGCCUUCUACUGCUGUUCAGCCCACGUUUUCACUUUCCACGACACCCACACCCACUUCGCAUCGCACACUCCGGCCGAGGCAGUCGGUUUCUUUAGACGACGACGAGGAUGCUAUCGACACGGAUGAGGAAGAUGAAUUCUUCGACGCCAUCGAGGCAAAUACGCUUCCCAAUCUAAAUAUCAGCCAAUUUAUGACUAGUCCAAUGAAUUCCGAGCUCACGCUUCCCGGGAUGGUUAGCAUAGAGCCGUUUGUAGGGUAUCAAAACCUGCGGACCUGCUUGCCGAUUGGCACCGACAAUCGCCCUUCAACAAGUUUAUGGUCGGUCCUGAAGCACAGUAUAGGAAAGGAUUUGACGAAAAUUAGUUUCCCCGUGUUCUUCAAUGAGCCCACUAGCAUGUUACAACGAAUGGCGGAAGAUAUGGAAUUUUCAGAAUGUCUGGACAUUUCUGUACGGGAGGAGGAUCCUCAUCGUCGAAUAGCCUUCGUUGGCGCCUUUGCGAUGUCGAAUUACUCUUCAACCAUUGGUCGGAUAGCUAAGCCAUUUAACCCAAUGCUGAAUGAGACAUUUGAAUACGUUAGGUUUGACAAGGAAUACCGUUAUAUGUCCGAGCAAGUCAGUCAUCAUCCCCCAAUCUCAGCUUGUUGGGCUGAAUCUCCAUACUGGCAUUAUUAUGGCGAGGUGGAUGCUCAAAACAAAUUUAUGGGGAAAUCCUUUGAAAUCCGUCCAACUGGUGUCGCACACGCCGAGCUACUUUUACCGGAAGAGUGGGCUCCAGAUUAUCCGAAGGCAGCGAACACGGCAGGCAAAGUCGUUGAGCAUUAUAGCUGGAAAAAAGUCACCACCAAUGUUUCAGGCUUUAUUCUAGGCUCUCCUACGAUAGACCAUUACGGCGACAUGAUUAUCACGAACCACCGCACCGGAGAUCAGUGCGUCUUUACAUUUAAACCGCGAGGAUGGCGAGGGAAGGAUGCUUUUGAGAUUUCUGGUUUGGUGAGGGACGCUGAUGGCGAAGUGACUUACGAAAUCGCUGGUCGCUGGAAUAGCCAGCUCAUCUGCCGUGCUGUCGGCACUGGGAGUGGUUUCCUGCAUCCCGAUGUCCCUGUUAGCGGGCCUGACUCGCCCAACGCCGUACCAGAAUAUACUUUAUUAUGGAGAAACUCCGAGAAGCCAGUCGCACCAUUCAACCUCACACCAUUUGCCAUCACGCUAAACGAUUGUCCCGAAGAUACGUUAAAGCCUUUCCUUUGCCCCACUGACUGUCGGUUACGUCCGGAUCAACGGGCGUUUGAGCUAGGGAGAUACGAGCUUGCGAACGAGCUGAAGGGGAAACAAGAGGAAAGACAACGUGUGACAAGGAAGGCACGAGAAGAGGGAAGACUUCCUCCACACAAACCAAGGUGGUUCACGGCCGAGACGGAUGGAGAUACAGGGGAAAGAGUUUGGAAUCCUUUAAGAGCGGGAGAUGUAUUGGAAUAUUGGAUUGAACGAGAAAGAGCAUGGAAGGAAGGAGCCGAGAAAGCAUGGAAGAACGUAGAUCCUAUAUUUAUUGAGGAUACUUUAUAAUGGUAGCAUAGCGAGGUCUGAUGUUUUACGAGUUCAAUUAGAAUAGACAACCCAUGUUAACGGUAAUUUUUUAAAUAUAAUUCAGCUGUUUUCAUAUUGAU